AUGGCUCCCGAGGUUGUCUCUAGCGAGUACGACUUCGCGGCGGACGUGUGGUCUCUCGGCGUGGUUCUUUACAUUCUGCUCUGCGGCGCGCCGCCUUUUGGCGGGAAGGACGACGCGCAGAUCAUGCGCUCCAUCUGUCACGACGAGCCGGAUUUCUCCUCGCCCGCGUGGCAGAGCGUGUCGGUGGAAGCGAAGCUGUUCGUCCGGUGCCUGUUAGUUAAAGACCCCUCGCGCCGCCCUCCGGCGUACAAGCUCCUGGCGCACCCGUGGAUCCUCGUGCACACGCGCGGCGGGCGGAUCGUACGGCGGAAGGUGUUCGCGAUGAACGGACGGCCGGGAAGGGCGGGCGCCAUGAGCACCGCGGUGACCGGCGCCGGGUUUGCGUCGCCGCUGCGACCGCGAACUGGGCCUCACGCGGGGUUCGCGGUGGGAACGCCGGUGCGGUCGUGCGGGUCGACGAGCGUCGCCGCUGCGCUGCUGUCUCCCUUAGCGAUUGCUGUCCCUGUGACGCCAGCGAUGACGCCAGCGAUGACGCCAGCAAUGGCGCCGCUCCUGUCCCCACAGAUCGGAGUAACGCCGAUCCUGGGGCGAAUCGCGGCGAUGCGCGUGGGCGGGUCGCCGUCGCCGCUCUCCGCGCCGUCAGUUCCGCCGUCGCCUGCGGGGCACGCGCAGUGGGUUGCGCCGUCGCCCGUGUUUGGAUCUCCACUGGGAGGAGGGGGCAAUGCGGUGGUGGUGGAUCUCACGCCCAUAUCUCCCUGCCUGGCUCUCGCUCGAAAGCCCAUCGCUCUCUCAGCAGCUCGGAAGCUCCUCACUCCAUCCAGCACCCUCGCCCCGCCUACUCUCACCCACCCCUCUCCACCGCUCUCCGCCCCUCGAGCCUCACUCCCCACCCAGCCCACUUCCGGAGAAUUCCAGCUUCCGCCAGCCGCGUUUCCUGCUGCUGCUGCUGCUGCUGCUGCUACCUCCGCUCUUCCUGCCGCUUCUCUCUCUGCUAUUUCAGCUGCCUGCGACACUUCAGUUUCCUCCUGUGCAUCUGCGUCCGCCUCUCAAUCCUCCUCAUCCUCUACAGUCCCCUAUGCUGCUCCUUCUGCUCCUACUGCACAUCUGCCCAAGGCGACUUUGCCUCCCUCAGUGCCUGCUCUGACGCCCAUUACACCCGAUGCAACCCCCGUGCUCGGCCCUUCUCAUCCCAACACAGAGCCAAGCCCGCUGACUGCCCCGCUACCACUCGUAGCACCAACGGCGGCGAAAACACAGCUGCAGAACAACAACCUGAAGGCGUGUGGUAACUUUGUUACAGCAGCGUAUGCCAGCACGACGAUGACGCUCGGAAAUGGACAUGCCGAUGAUAGCUGGGGGUCGGUUGGGUGUGCUGCUGGGUUUGCUCCGGCUUCUGCUGCCCCGUUGAGGGACGAGAAAGAGAAGGAGGAAGAGGAGGGAGACGAGGAGGAAGGGGAGGAUGACGAGGAGGAGGAAGAGGAGGAGAGUAGAGCAACCGGGGGAGGCAGGGAAGGGGGCCGAGAGGAAUCGUCUGAUAUACGGGAGGAGGAGGAGGAGGAGGAGGAGGAGGAGGAGGAGGAGGAGGAGGAGGAGGAGGAGGAGGAGGAGGAGGAGGAGGAGGAGGAGGAGGAGGAGGAGGAGGAGGAGGAGGAGGUGGUGGUGGUGGAGGUGGAAGAGGAGGAGGAGCAGGAUGGGGAGAAGGAGGAGGAAAAGGAGGAGGAGAAUGGAGGGGCAGUGCUGCGGGAAGGGAAGAGAGACAAUGGGGAGUUGUACCGUUCAGAAUAG